AUGUAUAUCGCAUUGAAAUGGUUAAUCAGUUUGGUUCUAGUCAUGUGGCUGGUAUUAUGUUUUCUUGAUGUAUAUAGAAAGACGAAUUUUACACAACAAAUAGAAAUGCAUCAAGAACGAAAGAAUUUCAGUAAACUACUAAUUAGUGGAAACCAAGAAAUACAAACAACGGGGAUCCGGGAUCACCUGGAAACUGAAAUUAAAAAUAAAGAUGACCUUAACGAAGUUUCUAAAGAACAAUUAAAGGAAACCCGAUCGACAAAUACUAGUUUUCAACAAUUAUACUUAGUUAUACAUCAAGAAAAUAUCUUUUUAAAAUUGAGAAUAAAAAAAUUGAUCAAAGAAAAAGAAGAAGCCGAAAGAAAACUCAUAAAACUAAUAAGUCAAGUUAUUAAGUCGAAAAAUAAUGAUCUUAAAGUAUACUGUAGUCAAUUUAUUGUGCAUACUAAAAAUAAUUUGCUAAAUUCUGACGUUAAAACUGAAAUAGAGAAAUUUCUACGAAAACGUUCUGAUGAUGUUCUAGAAACUGAUAAAUCUUAUGAUCAGAUAACUGGACAUAGCAAUUUUGGCUGUCUCUCUAUAAAGUGUAAUGAAUUUAUCGAAGAUAAAACGCCAGCAGUACGAAACACACCAAUACAAUGUGGGGAAUAUGUUUGGACAGUAAAAGAUAAAGACGGUGUUAUUGAGAAGCUUUACGAAUGCGCUGGAGACUUUUAUAAUGGCGAUCCAGUCAAGAGAAUAAGACAGUAUUCGGUUUAUUAUGAUACGGAAUGUUUGUUAGAUUUCUCAAAUUCUACAACUUUUGUUAAUAAUCAAGAUGCAGCUGUUUCAAAUACCAGAAAUAAAUAUCCGAAUUUUAAGCUGACUGUAACUAAUCGAAAGUUUUUGUCUAGUUCACAAGCAUUUAAAAAUUUUCUUCAAAAUAAUAAUAGUAUAGUAAAACAAGUUUCAAGAUCAUCUAAUUCGACUAAUAUUUGGUUAAACCAUUAAGUUUACUUGAUGUUGUCUAAUAAAAAAAGUAAAUGUUAUUUUUAUUUACGUUUUAAUAAAUAUAAAUGUAUAUA